GUAUUAUAUAUCUACGAUCUCAUCUUAAUAAAUAUCUAUCGGUCGAUACGUUUGGCAAUGUGCUAUGCGAGACGGAUGAACGCGACGCCGGCAGUCGUUUCCAGAUAAGCAUCAGUGAGGAUGGCACUGGCCGUUGGGCAUUAAAGAACGAAUCACGUGGUUAUUUCCUUGGCGGUACACCCGACAAACUCGUAUGUACCGCUAAAACUCCUAGCGCCAGCGAAUUCUGGACAGUACACUUGGCUGCUAGGCCACAAGUGAAUUUGCGUUCGAUUGGACGUAAGCGCUUCGCUCAUCUGUCCGAAUCACAAGAUGAGAUACAUGUCGAUGCGAAUAUUCCAUGGGGUGAAGAUACGCUAUUUACAUUGGAAUUCCGCGCAGAGGAGGGCGGACGUUAUGCCUUGCAUACAUGCAACAACAAGUAUUUGAAUGCCAACGGCAAACUGCAAACUAUUUGCAAUGAGGAUUGUCUCUUCAGCGCUGAAUAUCAUGGCGGACACUUGGCGCUGCGUGACAAACAAAGCCAGUAUCUUUCUCCAAUCGGCUCCAAGGCUGUGCUAAAAUCGCGUUCUUCCACUGUGACACGUGAUGAGCUAUUCUCGUUGGAAGAUUCCUUGCCGCAAGCAUCGUUUAUAGCUGAGUUGAAUUCGCGUUAUGUAUCGGUGAAACAAGGCGUCGAUGUGACCGCCAAUCAGGAUGAGGUGGGCGAGAACGAGACAUUCCAAUUGGAGUUUGACUGGUCGGCUCAUCGCUGGGCGUUGCGCACAACACAAGAUCGCUAUUGGUGUCUGUCCACUGGUGGUGGCAUACAAGCCACUGGUAAUAGACGUUGUGCUGAUGCGCUUUUCGAACUGGUCUGGCACGGUGAUGGCUCAUUGUCGUUCCGCGCGAAUAAUGGCAAAUUUUUGGCUACGAAACGUUCCGGACACUUAUUUGCCACCUCAGAAAGUAUUGAGGAAAUAACAAAGUUCUAUUUCUAUUUGAUAAAUAGACCCAUACUUGUACUUAAAUGCGAACAGGGCUUUGUUGGCUAUCGCACGCCCGGCAAUCUUAAGCUGGAAUGCAAUAAGGCCACAUACGAAACGAUCUUGGUGGAGCGCGCCCAAAAGGGUUUGGUUCACUUGAAGGCACACAGCGGCAAAUACUGGCGCAUUGAUGGCGAAGGCAUCGCCGUCGAUGCGGACGCACCCGCUGAUGGUUUCUAUUUGGAGUUGCGAGAACCGACACGAAUUUGCAUAAGAUCGCAAACUGGCAAAUAUUUGGGUGCCACGAAAAACGGCGCUUUCAAGCUGCUCGACGAUGGCAGCGAUUCGGCCACACAAUGGGAAUUCUAAAGCGGUAUUGACGGCUAAAAGUGCUGGGUAUUUGCUUAACUGAUAAUCCUGUUAGUAUGUAAUUUGAAUGCUGCAUACAUACAUACAUAUAUGCAAAAGUGAAUGAUAACAAAAAUAAGAAGAAUAAGUGUUUGCCAAUAAUGAAUAUGGAAAAGCUUAUGUACACACACACACACACACGCAUACUUACAUAUAUUUAUUAGAAAUGAUAAAGUGAGUAAAAAAGAUAAAAAGGCAACAAAAUAAACUUAAAUAAAAUGCAAUAUAGUUGAGCGACUAAAAUCGUUUAACAUAAAUAAAUGAUUAUGAAUUAAUAAAUUGUAAGAAUACGCAUGCAAUUAAUAAACUAACUAAAAAUACAAUACAAAUGCAAUUGGAGAUUUAAGAAAGCGAAUACUUAAGAAGAGCUAAAUGCAGUUGGUCAAAAUACGCCGUUGAGCGCACGCUUUUACAUACAUAAAGACAUACAUACAAACAUAUUGAAAGCAAACAUAAUAUUUUUAUACCGUACCAGAUGUGAAAGGAAUUAAGAAAACAUAUACAUGUGUAAACAAAAAAUACAAACAAAAAAUUGCCAACCAAAACAGGAAACGCACAAUUUUUUACAGAAUUUUAUACAGGAAGAAAACUUAGCUUUUAUAUCAAGAAUAAACGGAAAACAUUUAAUAAAAAAUUUGCAUUGCCCUGAGGAAAAGCUUAAGUGGUGCGGCGGCAAACGCGCGGUAAAAAAAACGGAGAUGUUUGCAAUAUGAAGUGCUAAAGCAAACUGGCGCGUCAGAAUUUUAGGAAAAUCUUAUUUUAAAUGUUCCAUAUCGCUGAUGAAAUGUAGAAAGGCCCGAACGCAACAAAGAUUUUGGUUUGAGCUCAAAUUACGAUUAAGUUGAAAAAUAAGAUAGUUCUCGUAUCUCCAACGUUGUUUCUCAACCGUAUCUCAAGUGGAGAAUCAUAGCGUUCUCAACAAAAAAGGGCAUUUUCUUUGUAUGUAUGAAAAUAGGAUGGUUUCUCAACUUAAGAAAAAGUUAGUUUCUCAAUUUGAACUCCAAUGUAAUUCUCCAAUUGGUCUCAAACAUAUCAUCGAAACGACAUAGAAAAAUUUAGAGCCUUUCUACAAGGUGUCGCAAAAAGAAUAACCCUAUUGUCUUUUAAUGUCGUUUCAAAAAUAAUUCAAGUAUAGUUAUUUUUUAAGCGAAUGUGGUUAUUAGAGGCAAUUAACGAAAUUUUUUCAUGUCUGGAGAAUGAUAUCUGAUAGGUGGCCGCCGCCAGAGUUGAUGCAUAUUUCGGUUCUUUUGUUUUUUUUUUUUGUUUGUUAAAGUAGACCUUACCCCGUUGAGUAACACCACAGAAAGUAGUCUUGGGCCGUCAGGUCGGGCCAUCUCGCUUCAACCGAAAUCUCCUAAUCGAGAAAUUAAACGGCCUAGACAAGUUUUCCUCAACAAAUUUUCCGCGUUCUGCUAGAGUAUGCCUCGGCAUUUUGAAACACAAUAAAUUUCUUAACUGUCACUCGUAAAAUGUCAUAAAAAACCUAAUUAUAUUCACCACCAACUGCAAAAGUUUUAAUGUCUUCAAAUAGAGUUACUCAUUCUGUGCCACCUUGCAUAUUUAAUCAACGAUAGUUUGUUACAUUUUGGUCAAAACUAAACAAAACGAUAACAACAGUUUGUCAGUGACAUAUAAGAAGAAGAAGCAGUGCCAAAAUAGAUGGGUCAAUCCAUAUAAAUUCGACCAUUUGUGAUUUUGAAUUUUUGUCAGAACUUUUCUUUCAGCAUAUAACGAGGUUCCGCCAAAGAAAAAAAAUAUAUACAAAAAAUUUCGAAAUCUCAAAAAAUAGUAUAGUUACCAAAAAUGUCUGGUCUCGGUUUAAAGAGGCUGUUUGGGGCUUUAUAAAAACAUACAUGUGUACAUA